CGUCUGCAAACGCUCUUGUUUCAAAUAUAAGCGUUGCGUCUUUACUCAACUGGGCAUUUAGCUAUUGUAAAACCAAUCUCUUUUGGUCGAAAAACAAUCUAAACCCAACAAAUGUUCACUUCACUCAACAAUUCAUUGGAUUUGUAUCUUUGAUAAUGAUUGUUAUGCUGUAAAAAUGAGCUUGGUACCUCCUUCCAUGUACUGGAGAUUCUAAGGAUUUUCACCCUGGAAAAAUGGAGGAUAAAAGUGGUAGCUAUACACCAGAGAAACUUCGGCAAAUAUUCAACUUUCCGUUUAAGGAAAGAGAAGUGAUUCAUUAUUUUUGUUUUCUUGUCAGUGGGAAGGAGUCACGUCCAGGUUGGAUGAUCCUAACUUUGAAUUACUUAUGCUUUUAUCCUAACGUAUUUGGCACCAAAAUAUGCACGCCCUGGAUUCACAUUACUUCUGUCUUUCAAUCACGAUUGUACAAAACUUGUGUACAAACACGCAACCAAACAUAUCGCUUUGUUAUCCCAGCAGGUUCCGACGAAGCACUUCAUAUGAUUUUACAAUUGGCUAAUUAUGGUGUUAGACAGCUCUUGGUCGAUGACUGUUAUACAAGUUGGUCGCAGUUCGACUUGCACCUAAAAAUUUUACUUACUCAGAACUCGUCCAAUUUACUGGAUAAGUUGGAUGUACUAAUCCGUAGUCAACAUUUUCAAGAUUCGUUUCAUUUACCUGCAUAUGAAAUUAUAGAAACUUCUUUUGAUUGUAAACUGCAACGGUUGGAUAAUACUGAAACUAUUUCUGGGAAAAUGUUUUUAUCUCCUCAAUUUAUUUGUUACUGUUCGUCGGGUGAAAGCACUAAGAUUAUUCUUCCUCUACGUGAAAUAAUUUCAGCCGAAGAAUUUCCACAAAGGGAUUCAACUUCCACAGGAGGAGUCAUCAUAAUAACAGCUGAUAAACUUGUUUAUAUAUUUACUGGUAUUGUCGGAUCCGAGGAUAUUCUAAAGAAAAUUGGCAGUAAUUUGGAAGUAUCAAGAGGCACUAAAUCUGAACCUUCAGAUGUCAUAACUUCAAUAGCAAGUUCGUUUAACGAUAGUCUAACAGUUAUUAGUUCAUCAAAUACUACUAGUCAGUUAAAUUUUUCAAAUGGAUCCGGAUGCUUCGCUAGUCGUUAUUCUUAUAAUAAUCCUUUCAGCGUAGAUAAUCCUGAUGCUGAAAAUAAACGUUUAGAUGAUUGGAAGGAAUAUUUUGAAGAGUUUGGGUCUGGCAUGUCAAUGUAUCGGAAUGAACGUCUUAAACACCUUGUUUUAAAUGGAUUACCUGAAGGAAAACGAGGAAUUUUAUGGAUGAUUUUAAGUGGAGCUGAAAAUGAGAUGUUUGCCAAUCCAGGCUAUUACGAUAAAUUAAUCAACGGUGUUCAAGGAUGCAAUAAUUUUGUCAAUGAAGAAAUUGAACGAGAUUUACACCGUUCAUUCCCGGAACAUCCUGCUUAUCAUACACCAGAGGGUAUUCAGUCUCUUCGACGAGUUCUUACUGCGUAUGCUUAUCGUAAUCCUAAUGUUGGAUACUGUCAAUCAAUGAAUAUAGUAGCCAGUGUUUUAUUACUGUAUUGUACAGAAGAACAAUCAUUUUGGUUAUUGACAGCAAUCUGUGAACGUUUACUACCUGAUUACUAUGAUAGUCGUGUUGCUGGUGUACGCGUUGAUCAACAAGUACUUCAUGCUUUAGUCGUUGAAUAUAUUCCAGAAUUAAAAUCAGUUUUACAAAUUCCAGUACAAGAUAGUUUGAAAAAUAUUGUCACUUCUGAAUAUAAUAUUGAAUCAAUGGUUGGCGGUUUUUCAACAGCUUCCAAUCAUCAUUAUAUGUGUCAGUCAUUAGGCUCAGAAUUAAUCAGUAUGCUACCAUUAAGCUGGUUCUUGACGUUGUUUUUAAAUACUAUGUCCUUUCAUUGUUCUGUUUACGUUUUGGAUUUUUUCUUUUAUGGUGGAGCUCGUGUUAUUUUCCAAAUAGCAUUAGAUGUACUUCGUCAGCAUACAUCGUUUAUCAAAAAGUCUGUUGAACAAAACGAUGACAGUAGUGUUUUAACUAAACUGAAUGCAUAUUUUAAUAAAUUACGUCAUCAAGAUCAUACAUCAAAUGAAUCUAUAUAUAAUCUGUUGACUUCAGCUGAUCGGAAUUUUAAUAUUACAAAUGAACUUAUCGAUCAGAUGCGUUUACAAUAUAGACCUAAAGUAAUUCAAUCACUUAGUGAUUACACGUCUAAAGAAGUUGCAAGAAGUUUAGAUCGUGAAUGUCCUGGGGAUCUGAUAUUGCUUUUUGAAUGUUACAGAGACCAUUAUAUUCUUUCGAAAUAUGAGCGAAUCCAUCAAAUAGCGCCAGCUAAAACUCAUAAUGAAACAAAUAAUCCAAAUCGUCCAGCUUAUGAUGUUCAUCGUAUUGACGCACGUCAAUUUAAUAGUCUAUUUCAGGGAUUAGUUCCAUGGGGUGCUGCAGCUGAACGUUUAGGCCUUCCAUGCUUUCAUCUACUAGAUCAAGAUGAAGAUAAUCUAAUUAACUUUAAGAGUUUUGUUUGGUUAAUGGAAAGUAUAUGUGGUCAUGAUCUAAAUACAAAACUACGUUUAUUAUUCUUAUUACAUCGAUCUCCUUACUGGGUUACAUCUGAACAAGGAAAUGAAUCCAAGUGGAAUAUACUAGGUGGUAUGCUGCCAUUCAACAAUAUUGAAAGUUGUAAAAAAGAUAGUAAUAAUUCUAUUUCUUGUGAUACAAGUAUUGACAGUUAUCAUAUCUGUUCUAAAUCAGAUUUCGAUACAGUAGAGAUCGGUACUGAUAUUAUUGCUGAGGAGUCUAUAGAACAACACCACACAGCUGAUAAUGAAAAUGAUGAAUUUUCAAAAAGUCAUGUUUCCGGAUAUACUUUAGAAAUUGCACAUGAAAUUCCAAUUGUUAUUCCUGAUCCUUUAGGCUUCAUCAGCAAUAAAUACAGUUCAAGAGAUAUAAGUGAACAGAUUUCACUGAAUUAUAAUCAGUUUCAAUGUUUAACGGAGACAAUACGAGUAAUCGUAGAAAGUGUAGACGAAGAUAAAGAAGAAAUGUUGGAUUCUGUCAAUUGUUUAUUCCUUGAAUUGUUCACACAAGAAUUACAAAAUAUUGAACGGUUUAGUAAUUAUACUUCGACCAGUUCAACUGACAACGGAAUGGUGCUAAUCGUGAAUAAUCCUACUAUUUCACCAAAAACGUCCACUGUUCUAUCAGUAAAAGAUCCCAUUUGUACUACUGGAGGAUGUGUAGGUUCUUCUGAAGAUAAGAUUGCCAUUCCAACAACCGAAAAAUUAUAUAUUUUGAAUUUUUCUCUUUCACUUCAUGACGACCAUUCUAAGAAGAUAGCAAUUGCUCAAGAAGUUGACUUUGUUGCCCGUGGUUCUUUAAGGAUCGAACUUGAUAAUGAUUGUGUGUUAAAAGGAUCUGAAGUUGACCAUGAAGUCAAAUCCUCACUCAAAGAAAACGUAAACAGAUCUGUUCUCUUUCCUUAUGAACAAAUGAAUCGAGAUAUCUUGAAUCUCAAGAAUGGAGCUCGGUUAGUUUCCUGGAGUCCAAGAGGAGUUGACAAAUAUGAAAGGUGUAUAAUGAGUUUAACAACAAUGGAAAAUCGGUCAUUUUUGUGCACACUUAAAGGAACUGAAUCUUGGGAAGAAUCAGUCGAUCUAUCAUUAAUUUGGCAGCAAUACUAUGUUGAACAUGGUAGGAUCGCGCAAAGUCGAAAGGUGGUUGUUGAUAGUCGACCACAGUUUAUUUUCAAACCUACUGAAUGUAGUAAUAUUCCACCAUUAAUAUGUAAAAAUAUUAUGGAUUAUUUCGAUGCAAUAGAAGAUGUUAUAGUUGUUUACACAAGUUGGUGUCAGAUAAUUCGACAACCUCAAAUAAAAUCCACUAAUUCAAUGAAUUUGAAAACUGUACCUGGCUUAAAUAAUAACAGGUCCUAUUUCGUGAUACCAGUUGACACAACUCAACUUGUUACUGAAUCAUUUUCAUUAUGCCCAGUGACAUUUUUGGCAGUCUUAAUGAAAUCUGGUGCAUUCUCUAUAUGGAUGGUUUCAGUACCAUUUUCUGGAGUGUCAUCAAUGUCAUUGUUGUGGGUAGAUUAUACAUACACUGUCGGGCGCAGCGAUUCGAUGGAUAAACACCCAAACUAUAUCAAACUUUAUGAUUUGGAUAGUCUCAAUCUCUUACUUGUUUUGGGUUUUACUGAUGGUUCAGUGAAAGGUUUAGUGUUUCCUAUUGAAUAUUCUCCAACUGGUAUUCUGGUAUUAACAGUACCUUAUUUAUUCAAUCUAUGGACAACUUCAUUGUAUCAUGUAACCAUUUUAGCAUCAGCCUGGUCAAUGUCUCGUCGUUUAUUAUGCAUUGGCUAUGGUCGUCAUUUGUUAUUAUUUCAUAUAGCUAAGGAAGAUUUAGAGAUUUGUUUCCAACAACAGAACCAGCACCAAGAACAACCAAGUAACCAAUCAACACCAUGUCGUGGACGAGAUCCACUGUAUUUGGUUAAAAGUCAAUUUGUUAGUCAACCAAGUCCUAUUUUAGGCUAUAUUACUGGUAUGCAUUUGGACAAUGAACAGUUAUUACUGACUAGUGUGGAUGGUUACGUAAUGCGCACCAGUCUUGAUGAAGUGUCUGAAUGUAAGUUGAAUUGGCAAGUUGUUUGGUGUAGUUCUAAUUACGAUAAAUCUGAUGUAAUCCAUUGGGAAUUUCAUGGAUUAUCAGUUUCAACGAAUGGGGUUUAUAUAUGUUUUCUUGAAAAACCAUGCAAUUAUUUAGAUAAUAAUCGUGCACGACGCAGUGCUCUACUUUCACCUAGAGUCCAUUUUUUAUCGUUUUGGUCAAAUGAUAGUUUACAAGAAAUUAUAUUUAACCCUGAAUUACCUUUAAAUCGCAAAGUUGAUUGUUUACAAGAGUUACUACAAAGAUGGCAUUUAUCAAACGACAAAGCUGAUAAUUUAUCUAGCGAUACAACAGAUUUACGACAGAUAUGUUUGGAGAAAAUUGAUUUUCACCAGUCUUGUCUCACUGAUUCUUCGUUUCCUCAUAGUUGGUUGAAUAAGCCACUUACAACGCUUCAAAUUUACAGGUUUAUUCUGUGUAUGCUCAACAAAGACACCGAUGAAUCUAUCAAAUCUCGUGCACAACUUUGGCUGACUAAUUUAGAUAAUUUUAUCCAACAACGUCAUUUGGAACGAUGUUUUCGUUUAUUUCUUAAAUGUUCUAUACAAAGACAAGCACGUGAUUGUUUAUUAGUUUCACAAAUGGCCACAAUAACUUUAAAUAUUUUCCGACCAACGUCACAAACAUUGACUAAUACACCUAGCACUACGACAACGACGACCACGACCACCACUACCUCUACCACCAUUGAUACUGUAUCUAGUUGUAUAUCUAAUAAAAACGAAGAUGAUACAAUGAUUGUCAAUGGAACUUCGAAUAAAUAUAUAUGUUUUGUCAAAGAUUUACCUCAAUUAGCUAGAAAUGUUCACCAAUUAGCUAUACAACUCUAUGUGCAUCGUUUUAAAUUUCCAUAUGAAAAUAUCAUCAAUCAAUUACAGAAAUGUCCAAUAUGCUCAGAAAAUAUCCUUUUGUUUUGCUACAUUCUAUUUUUUAUACCUAUUUUAACUAUAACUGUAUACUACAACUAUUUGCUAGUCAAGUAUUUUCGUUUAAAGCCCAAGCGUUGCAUGCAAUCUCUAGAACCUUGCAUUGAUCCUAUGUUUCGUCAUUGCAUUCGGUGUAAUCGUGUAGCUCUUAGCGUAUCUCCUCAAGAUCGUUUAUCCGCUUGGCGUUCAAUGAUACUUCAUCCAAUGUGUAUAUAUUGUGAUUUACCAUUGACGUGGAAAGAAUUCUAAUGCUUAUUUUAUCAUAAUUUUUAUUCCUUGAAUAUACCGACAAGAUCCUUAUGUUUUAUUUCAUCUAUAUAUAAAUGUCCAUUUUAAAUUCGAUUUUUAUUCUGUAUUGUCGAAUGUAAAUUGUAAUAAUGAUGUUAGUACUUAAUUAAUCUUUUCUAAUAUAAAGUUCUCAGUUUGUUGUCUGUGUAUGUAUGUUUGAUGUGUGUGUAUGUAAUUAGCAUGUAUGUUUACUCUUUGAUUCAAUAAUGUACGGAAGAUGUCCUUAGUUUAAAGAUAAUUUUCGAAGCACGCCAAUAGACCGGUCGACUUAUUGUGACGUGCAAUGUCCCAGAGUUGAUAAUGGUCUGCAUGUGCCUAAUUACCAGGUAGAAAAGGUGGAUAAAGGAUAUUCUUUUGCCCAAACUGAAUGAUAUAUAUAUGCAUAUAUCCCUUAAGAAUUUAAGUCUACGAGUGGUUCAAAUUCUAUCCCUUGAAAAUAAAAACUAUAUCUUGGCCCAAACACUUGCAUUUAUCAUUUGGCUGUUUCUGACUAGCCCUCCUGAAAUAUAGAUCCGUUUUUCGGAUUCAGCUGGACGACUUUUGAAUGGAUUUACACGUCAGUUAGUAGUAUUUUUGUUUCCGAUUUUUUUCUCACAAUAACACUUCAACUAUUCAAGUGUGAUCUUUUUCAUGUUAUUUAAUAUAUUAAUAAUUCUUAUGUGAUUGUCAGUAGAUGGAUGGUUUAAUAACAUUUACAGUAAUAAAUUGAUGAUAGAACAAAACAGUUCAUCAUCAUAUCUAUGAAAUCAGAUUUUCUGUUGUUGUAAACAACUAGAUCAUAGACUUCACUGUUUAUACCAAGGUGUAUUUAUUGACUUUUGUAAUAAAAUAUUUUAGUGUAGAGUAUGAGCAGUGAUUGCAUAGAACAGAAAUUAGAAAAUAAUUGCUGGCUGAUAUGUCGGAUUACUUAUUUUAUAGGGUCUUUUGAAUUGAUUCACUUCAUUAGAUCUGAUUAUAUCAAACCAUACUUCAUCAACACCGAGGUCCAUGGACCAAUAUAAGUACCUGCUGUAUACCGAAAUGUUACCAAUUGUUUCAUGAUUCACAUAAACUGAUUACAUAAUGUUAGCUAUUUUUUUCUUCUUCUUGUAAUUCAACUUUAGC